AAAACAGAAAGAAGUGAUAGAAGAAAGCAAGGCGGAAAUCAUGAAAGAAAAAAAUGAUGUUGAGUCAGUCAAGGUUGAGAUGAAAAGACAGAAAGAAGACCUGGAAAACCAGUUGGAAGAGAUGAAAACAGAGAAGAAAAAGGUUGAUAUCAUUAAGGCUGACCAACAGAAAGAGAAAGAAGAAAUUGAAGAAAUCAGAGAAGAUAUUGAAAGACAAAGAGCUGACGUUGAAAAGGUCAAAGCUGAUAUUAAACAACAGUCAGAAGACCUAAAUAAUAAGUUGGAAGAGAUGAGGACAGAGAAAGACGUGUUACAGAAGAUGCAUCUUGACAUUCAAAAAGAGAAAGAUGAAGUCAACAAAGACAAGGAAGAGAUCAUACAGGAGAAGGCUGAGAUUGAGAUGAUGAAAGCUGAGAUACACCAAAUGAAAGAAAAAACCAUGAAGGACACAGAAAAUUUGGAAAAGAGGAUGGGUGAGAUAAUUAAACAGAAAGAAGACCUUGAAAUGGAAACUGCAGAGAUGCAGACAGAGAAGAACAAAAUGACAAAGAUUAUAGUUGAUUUGGAGAAAAAGAACAAAGAUGCAGAUAAACAGCUAGAGGACAUAAUGUCAGAAAAAAAUGCCAUUGAACAGAUGAGGGAUGACAUGAAAAAACAAGAAGAUGACCUGGAAAAAAGAAUGAAAGACAUGAAAAAAGAAGAGGACAAGAUUAGCAUUGCUAUUGCUAACUUAGAAAAACAGAAAGAAGUGAUAGAAGAAAGCAAGGCGGAAAUCAUGAAAGAAAAAAAUGAUGUUGAGUCAGUCAAGGUUGAGAUGAAAAGACAGAAAGAAGACCUGGAAAACCAGUUGGAAGAGAUGAAAACAGAGAAGAAAAAGGUUGAUAUCAUUAAGGCUGACCAACAGAAAGAGAAAGAAGAAAUUGAAGAAAUCAGAGAAGAUAUUGAAAGACAAAGAGCUGACGUUGAAAAGGUCAAAGCUGAUAUUAAACAACAGUCAGAAGACCUAAAUAAUAAGUUGGAAGAGAUGAGGACAGAGAAAGACGUGUUACAGAAGAUGCAUCUUGACAUUCAAAAAGAGAAAGAUGAAGUCAACAAAGACAAGGAAGAGAUUACAAAGGAGAUGGCUGAGAUUGAGAUGAUGAAGGCUGAGAUACACCAAGCGAAAGAAAAGACCAUGAAAGACACAGAAAAUGUGGAAAGGAUAAAGCAUGAAAUAAUGGAACAGAAAGAAGACCUUGAAAGACAAAUUACAGAGAUCAAGACAGAGAAAGACAAAUUGGCUAUAAUUAUGUUUGAUUUGGAGAAAAAGAACAAAGUAGUGGAUAAAGAGCUAGAGGAGAUACAAAUGGAAAAGGAUGUCAUUGAACAGAUGAAGGCUCAAUUGAAAAAAGAAGAAGAUGAACUGGAAAACAGGAUGGUAGAUAUAAAGAAAGAGGAGAACAGUAUCUCCAUGAUUGUUCAUGACUUAGAAAGAAAAAUAGCAGACCUACAAAACAAGCUAGAAGAGCUGAGGAGAGAAAAGAAUGAGAUGGAGAUCAUCAUGACCAAGUUACGGGAUGAAAAAGAUGACAUUGAAAGAACAAAUGCAGAGAUUUUAAGGGAAAAGGAAACUAUUGACCAAAUUAAAGUUGAAAUAAGUAGACAAAAAUAUGCCCUUGAAAAAAGGAUUGAUGAGAUAAUGCAAGAGAAAAUAGAGAUGGCCAAGGUCAUGGCAGACACAGAAAGACAGAAAGAAGGAAUGAAAGAAACCAGAGUAGAGAUCAUGAGAGAAAAAGAUGCUGUUGAUCAGGCAAAGGCUGAGAUGAAAAUACAGAAAGAACUCCUGGAAAACCAGUUGGAAGAAAUAUGCAAAGAGAAGCAAAGGAUGGAUAUCAGUAUGGCUAACUUACAGAAAGAGAACGAAAAACUAGAAGAAAACAAGAAAGAGACUGUGUGGCAGAGAGCUGAUCUUGACAAGGCCAGAGUUGACACAAAAAAACAGAAAGAUGAACUGGAAACAAGGAUGGAAGAUGUGAAGAGAGAGAUGGAGAGGUUAGAGCAGAUUCACCUAAAGAUUCAGAAACAGAACGAUGAAAUUAAAGAAAACAAGGAACAGGUAACACAGGAGAAGGCUGAGAUUGAGAUGAUAAAGGCUGAGAUUCAACAACAGACAGAAAAUACCAUUAAGGACAAGGAAAACCUUGAAAGGAUGAAGGAUGAAAUAGUUAAACAGAAAGAAGACCUUGAAACAAGAAUUGCAGAGAUCAUGACAGAGAAAGACAAACUAGAUAUGAUUGUGCUUGAUUUGGAGAAAAAGAACAAAAAAUUGGAUAAAUACUUAGAGGAGAUAAUAAUGGAAAAAGAUUCCAUUGAAGAAAUGAAGUCUGAUUUGAAAAAACAAAAAUAUGAGCUAGAAAACAGGAUGAUAGAAAUAAAUAAAGAAGAGGACAAGAUAGCCAGGAUUGUUGCCGACUUAGAAAGACAAAGAGAAGAGCUGAAAAACAAGCUGGAAGAGGUGAGGAGAGAAAAGGAUGACAUGAAGGUCACCAUGGCCAAGUUACAGGAACAAAAAGAAGAAAUUGAAAGAAAUAAUGAAAGGAUUUUAGGGGAAAGUGAAAUUAUUGACCAACUGAAAGCUGAAAUAAGUAGACAAAAAGUUGACCUUACUAAAAAUGUUGACAAAAUAAAACUAGAAGAAAUAGAGAUCGCCAAAGUCAUGGCAGACAUAGAAAGACAGAAAGAGGAAAUGGAAAAAACCAGGGUAGAGAUCAUGAGAGAAAAAGAGGAUGUUGAUCAGGCAAAGGCUGAGAUGAAAAGAUUGGAAAAGGACUUGGAAAACAAGCUGGAAGAGAUUAGAAAAGAGGAGGAAACGAUGGGUACCAGUAGGGCUGAUUCACAGAAAGUGAAAGAAGAACUUGAAGAAAGCAGAAGAGAUAUUGCUCGACAGGAAACUUAUAUCAAUCAAGUGAAAACUGAUAUUGAACAACAGAAAGAAGUCAUAAAAAACAAGUUGGAGGAGAUCAGCAAAGAGAAGGACAAAUUACAGCAGAUACAUCUUGACAUUCAGAAAGAAAAUGAAAUAAUUAAAGCAAACCAUGAAGAAGUCACAAGGGAAAAGAUUGAGAUUGAAAUGAUGAAGGCUGAGAUAAAACAACAAAAAGAAAAGACAAUAAAGGACACAGAAAUUCUGGAAAGAGUGAAGGAUGAAAUAGUCCAUCAAAAAGAAGAGGGAGAAAUCUGUUUAGUUGAGGUAAAAAAUAAAAGGGAAAUGAUGGACAUAAUGACAGCUAAAUUGGAGAAACAGGCAGAAGAAAUGGAGGAAUCCUGUGAUCAGGUUAGAAAGGAAAAGCAAGAGGUUGAGCAAGUCAAAUUUGAAAUGAGGAGACUAAAAGAUGAGCUUGAAACAAAAAUCAAAGAAAUAAAAGAAGAGAAGGAAAACAUGGCCAUGAUUAUCCUUGAUUUGGGGAAAAAGAACAAUGAAGUGGAUGAACAGCUAAAGGGGAUUAAAAGGGAAAAAGAUGGCAUUGAACAGAUGAAGGUUCAGUUGAAAAAACAAGAAGAUGAACUGGAACACAGGUUGAUAGACAUAAAGAAAGAGGAGGACAAAAUUGCCAAGCUUGUUGCUGACCUAGAAAAACAAAGAGAAGACCUUGAAAUGGAAACUAUGGAGACACAGAGAGAGGACAAAUUGACAAAGAUUAUGGUUGAUUUGGAGAAAAAGAACAAAGAAGUAGAUAAACACUUAGAGGAGAUAAAAAGUGAAAAAGAAAACUUUGAACAAGUUCAGGCAGAUUUGAAAAAGGAAAAAGAUGACUUGGACAAUAGGAUGAUAGAUAUAAAGAAGGAAGAGGACAAAAUUGCCAAUAUUGUUGCUGACCUAGAAAGGCAGAGAGAAGACCUGAAAAACAAGCUGGAAGAAGUAAGGAAAGAAAAGGGUGAGAUGGAGAUUACCAUCACUGAUUUACAGAGAGAAAAAGAAGAAUUGGAAAGAACUAAAGCAGAGAAUUUAAGGGAAAAGGAAACUAUUGGUAAACUGAAAGCUGAAAUAAAGAGUCAAAAAGAUGACCUUGAAACCAAAAGAGUAGCCAUGUUACCAGAAAAGGCAGAGAUGGCCAUGGCAAUGCUGGAUGAAGAAAGGCUGAGGGAAGGAAUGGAAGAAAAAAGGGCAGAGGUCAGAAGAGAAAAAGAGGAUGAGUUGGUUGAGGCGGAGAUGGUAAGAUCAAAAGAAGACCUGGAAAAAUUGAUGGAAGAGAUGAGGACAGAAAAGGAAAAGAUGGAUUUAAUUAAGGCCGACAUUCAGAAAGAAAAAGAUUUUGUUGAAGAAAGCAGGAGAGGCAUCGCUUUGCAAAAAGAUGAUCUUGACAAGGUCAAAGCUAACAUUAAAAAACAGAAAGAUGAACUGGAAACAAGGAUGGAAGAUGUUAAGAAAGAGAUGGAAAGGUUAGGGCAGAUUCAGCUUGAUAUUCAGAGACAGAAUGAUGACAUUAAAGCAAUCAAGGAAGAACUAAGACGGGAGAAGGCUGAGAUACAGCAACAGAAAGACAAGUCCAUGAAGGACACUGAAAAUGUGGAAAGGAUGAUGGCAGAAAUACUUAAACAAAAAGAAGACCUUGAAAUGGAAACUAUGGAGAUACAGAGAGAGAAGGACAAAUUGACAAAGAUUAUGGUUGAUUUGGAGCAAAAGAACAAAGAAGUAGAUAAACACUUAGAGGAGAUAAAAAGUGAAAAAGAAAACUUUGAACAAAUUCAGGCAGAUUUGAAAAAGGAAAAAGAUGACUUGGACAAUAGGAUGAUAGAUAUAAAGAAGGGGGAGGACCAAAUUGCCAUGAGUAUUGCUGAAUUGGAAAGUCAGAAAGGAGACCUGCACUAUAAACUGGAAGAGGUGAGGAGAGAGAAGGAUGAGAUGGAGAUCAUCAUGGCUAAUUUACUGGGAGAAAAAGAAGAAAUUGUUAGAACUAAGGCAGAGAUAGUGAGUGAAAAGCAAACUAUUGACCAAUUGAAAACUGAACUUAGACUAAAAGAUGAGCCUGGAACAAAAACAGAAGAUAUAAACCUAGAAAAGGGAGAAAUUGGCAUCUUAGUAACAGACAAACAAAAAGAUGAAAUGGGUGAAAUCAAGGCAGAAGUCUUGAGAGAAAAAGAAGAUACUGAGUUAGCCAAGGCUGAGAUGAAAAGAGACAAAGAUGACCUGGAAAUGAAGUGGAAAGAGCUGAUGACAGAGAAGGAACGGAUUGAGAUCACCAUGGCCAACUUAGAGAAACGGAAAGAAGAAACUGAACAAAUCAGGAGAGACACACUGAGGGAGAAAAUGCACAUUCAACAGAUCAAGUUAGAGUUACAAAGACAGAAAGAAGACACGGAACACAGGCUAGUGGCUAAAAAGACAGCGGUUGAAACUACAGAGGCAGAGUCACAGACUGCAGAAGUAGAGUGGGAGAAAAUGAGGGAUGAAACAGUGAAAGAAAUGAUGGAACACUUUAUGGAAAAGAUAAUGAGAGAAAAGGAUGAUUUGGAAGUGACUAAAGCUCAGAUAAGCAGACAGAAAUUUGAAAUUGAGAGUAGAAUAGAAGAGGCAAAGAGGGAGAAGGCUUAUUUGCUGAGACUGAAUGAAGAAAUUGAACAAAAAAGGCAUGAGGCAAUGAGAGAGAAGUAUAACAUGGAAGAAAUAAAAGCUAAAAUACAGAGACAGAAAGAGGACUUAGAAAAGAGAAUGGAGGAAACACACAGGAUGGAAGAGAUGAAAGGUCCACUGCUGAGGGCAAUACAAGAAUUAGAACAAUGCAGGAAAGAAAUACAGAGAGUAAAACAAGAAAUGGAACAAAGCAGGGAAGAGACAAGGCAGGAGAAGGACAGAAUGGAACUCAUGAAGAUUGAGAUACGGACAUUAAAGCAUCAGCUGAAUGAACAAAGAGGUAUAAUUGUAAAUAAAGAGUUGAAACAUAUUGGAAUGCAGACAGAUUUGGAAUAUCUGGAACAUACCAAAUCUCACUUAAAGGGAACCAUGGAGGAUAUGGACAGCAUGGGAGAUGAGACAGAUACUUACAGAGAGCUGGAAGGCGGAGUGGAAAAAACAACAAGAGAAAAGGACAAAAUGACCCUUUUGGAAACUGAGAUAAUGAGAGACAGAGAAGCUCAGGAGCGACUGCAGGAUGAGACCAUGAGAAAAAAACAACAUAUUUUCCAGAUCAAGACAGAGAUACAUGGAGUAAAGGGCGAAAUGGAGAAAAGACAGGAGGAAGACCAGAAAGAAGAGCUGGACCAGAGACCUGAUUUACUCAGAGAGGGGGAAGAACUGGAACAGAGACCUGAUUUCCAGAGAGAGGGGGAAGAGCUGGACCAGAGACCUGAUUUCCAGAGAGAGGGGGAAGAACUGGAACAGAGACCUGAUUUCCAGAGAGAGGGGGAAGAGCUGGAACAGAGACCUGAUUUCCAGAGUGAGAGGGAACAGCUGGAACAGAGACCAGAUUUCCAGAGUGAGAGGGAAGAGCUGGAAAAGAUGAAGAUUGAGAUAGAGACAACCAAGAACUUGUUGAAGAGAAGAGAAGAUGAGUUGGAGAAACUAAAGGACAAGAUGCUCAAAGACAUAGAGGAACUGAGGAAGGAAAAGGAAACAGAAAUCAAGGGACUAAAGGAAGAAAAGAAAAUAGAGAUAGAACAACCCAAGACCAUGGAGAAAAAGAAGCUAAAGAAAUUUAAGGACAAAAAGAAAAGGACACUGAAGGAGGAGAAAGAAGGGGUAGCAGUGGAGUGGUUCAUGGAAGAGACACACGGACAGAUGGACAGACCUACUGAGAAACUGUAUUUGCCUGAAGGACACUCUUCCCUGGGUCAAAUGAUGAGAGAGAGUGAUGCUCAGGAGAGACAGCAGGAUGAGACAAUGAGAGAAGACCAAAUUCUUGACCUGGUCAAGAGAGAGAUACAUGGAAUUGAGGAAGAGGUGGGGAAAAGACAGGAGGAGGACCAGAAGGAACAACUGGAACAGAGACCUGAUUUACAGAGAGAGAGGGAAGAGCUGGAAAAGAUGAAGAUAGAAAUACAGAUAACCAAGGACUUGUUGAGGAGAAGAGAACAGGAGAUGGAAAAUCUAAAGGAUGAGAUGGUCAAAGACAUGGAGAAACUAAAGGAGGAAAAGGAAACAGAAAUUGCAAGACUGAAGGAAGAGAAGAUCGUAGAGAUGGAACAACUUGAGGAUGAAAAGAGCCUGAAGAAAGAGAGGCUAAAGGAAUUUAGUGACAGACGGAAAAAGACAACGAAGGAGGAGGAAGAAGGGGUAGAAGUGGAGUCGUUCAUGGAAGAGACACACAGACAGAAGGACAGAUCAUCUGAGGAACUGAGACCUGAUUUACAGAGAGAGAAGGAAGAGCAGGAACAGAGACCUGAUUUCCAGAGAGAGAGGGAAGAGCUGGAAAAGAUGAAGAUAGAAAUACAGAUAACCAAGGACUUGUUGAGGAGAAGAGAACAGGAGAUGGAAAAUCUAAAGGAUGAGAUGGUCAAAGACAUGGAGAAACUAAAGGAGGAAAAGGAAACAGAAAUUGCAAGACUGAAGGAAGAGAAGAUCGUAGAGAUGGAACAACUUGAGGACGAAAAGAGCCUGAAUAAAGAGAGGCUAAAGGAAUUUAAAGACAGACGGAAAAAGACAACGAAGGAGGAGGAAGAAGGGGUAGAAGUGGAGUCGUUCAUGGAAGAGACACACAGACAGAUGGGCAGACCAGCUGAGGAACUGCUUUUGCCUGAAGGACAGUCUUUCCUGAGUCGAAACAUGUGGAGAUUAGCCAGUGUAUUUUGUCAAUGGUGGAUAUUUCUUUUGUUUUUUAUUUUUUUGGCUGUAUACAUCCUAGAAUUGCACUGAGCACAAAGCCUUAAAUGUAAUAUACACCCAUCCAUUAUCUAUACCUGCUUAUCCUGGUCAGGGGGGUGUCGGAGCCUAUCCCAGCGUGCAUUAGGUGAGAGGUAGGAAUACAACCUGGACAGAUCACCAAUCUAUCAUAGGACUUAUAUGUAAUAUUCUUAAUAAAAACAUAAUUUUAAAGUGGUGAAGAAAAAAAUUAUUGUUAAGAAAAUAAUGUGUUUGACCAACCAAUGAGACUCCAAUCAGACUACACAAUCGUUUAAACUAGCUACCAGCUAUCAUAACCCUCUGAUCAUUUUAGCCCUAUGUCAGGAUUGUGUCAUUCAUCAUUAACAACAAUAUGAAAACAGCCAUGAUACAUUUUGGAGAAAGACAACGAUGUUUAACAUUAAUUUGUUUUGUUGUUUUCUUCAUGUAGAUAUCAGGUUGACUAUUGAUGACUAUUAGAUUUACAAAUAUUUUAUUUUUUUCCUUUCUUAACAUCAGCAGUUAUGCAAGAAUCCAUAGACUACAGAACUCUUGCCUGGUGCAGCCUUUCAUUUAAAUGUGUGUCGUUGGUACAGAAUUGUAUAUAAGGGUACAUACAUACUUAACAACUGCUAAAGAGAUUUCUAUGCACAAAUUGAUGAGUGUAAUUUCUAAAGAAAAUUAUACCAAGUUCCUAUUCUUGUAAUCCAAGUGGAUCGAGGUGAGGAAAGAAAGAAAAUGUCUUCACUCA